AUGGGGAACCGUAGUAACUCAAACAUAGAAAUUCUACAAAGAUCUCAAUCAAAAACCCUACAGAACAUUUGCAAUGCCCCUUGUAUAAGAUCCGAUGACAUUUCCCGGACCGAUCUUCUAGGAAGCAUUAUAUUGGGUUGUUCAGAAACUAGAAAGAAAUUAACCGAUGUGUAUGGAGAAGAUGUGUUGACAGUACGCCAGUGCCAGAACUGGUUUGCAAAAUUUCGAUACGGCAAUUUUGAUGUCGAAGAUGCACCACGUUCUGGAAGGCUGGUUGAAGCUGAUAAAGACACGAUAAAGGCAUUAGUUGAUGCAAACCAGCGAAUAACAAUUCGUGAGAUUGGUGAGAGGUUAAAUUUAUCAAAUUCAACUGUUUAUGACCACUUGAAAGGUCUGGGUUUAACUUCGAAGCUCGAUAUAUGGGUUCCCCAUGUUCUCACGGAGAGAAAUUUGUGUCGUCGUGUUGACGUCUGUGAUUCGUUUCUCAAACGUCACGAAAAUGAUCCAUUUUUGAAGCGCAUCAUUACUGAGGACGAAAAAUGGAUUGUAUAUAACAAUGUCAAACGCAAAAGAUCAUGGAGCAAAAAAGAUGAACCAGCUCAAAGCAUUUCCAAAGCCAAUAUCCAUCAAAGAAAGAUAAUCCUGUCUAUUUGGUGGGAUUUUAAAGGAAUCGUUUUUUUGGGAUUUUACCGGAUAACACAACAAUUAAUUCGGAAGUCUACUGUCAUCAGCUGGACAAACUGA